AUGGCCACGGCUAAUGACGCGUGGGCCUCAGCAGAGCCAACGCGGCUCAGGAAAACCCAGUUCACCGGGGCGGCAAGAGCAGCGAUGCCCUGCUACAAGAAGACAACAGCUGAAGAAAUAAGCAGCCUCAGAGUGGAGAACACCUCUCUGCGAGAAGAAAUUGCCAGCCUGAAAAAAAUGAGUCAGGAGAGUCGACAGCUGCUUCAGGAAGCAGAAUGUGCUAAAAAUGAAGUGGAAGAAGAAUGCGCAAGGAUGGUUUUAGAAAUCCAGACAAAGGUUGCACUAAAAGAAGCAGAAAGAGAAGGAAUGAGAGAGUCUUGCCUUGCACAAGUGACCACACUUAAGAAAAACCUGGAAGAGCAAACUGAAGAUCUGAAAAGAGAACUCAAAGCGGAAAGAUCAAGGAAGACCAUAAAUGCAGGUGUGACCUCCAGCUUAGAAGAAGAGGUGGAGACCUGGCGGAAGCUGUAUGAAGAUUUGAAGAACAAAACCAAGCCGUUUCAGCAACAACUGGAUGCAUUUGAAGCAGAGAAGAGUGCGCUCUUACAUGAGCAUGGUGCUGCCCAAGAAGAACUCAAUAAACUAAGCGAGGCGUACGCUGAACUCCUUGGCCACCAGAACCACAAACAGAAAAUUAAGCAUGUGCUGAAGUUGAAGGAAGAGAAUGCCCACCUAAAGCAGGAUGUCUCAAAACUGCGUGUGUUGCUGGCGAAAGAAAAGCAAACCAACAGAGAUCUCCAGGGGCAACUGAACGCAGUCCAGGGCAUUCGGCGUUGUGAUCCUUCCACAGCUUUCCAGCACACCAAGGAAAACAUCCCUCCAGAAACUCCUCUGGAAGAAGGAUCUGGUGAGCCUCAGGAAGUCCUGGAGGACGUGCACGGGUGGAAGGGGAGGCAGGGAGCUGGAGAGCUGAGCAGAGCCGGCGGUCCAGCACAGGAGGCCCUGGAUGUGGGCGCUGCGGCGGUGGUGGGAGCAGUUGCGGGCAGGCAGAGCAUCGCGCCGGGGCAGGACGGAGCGCUGAGCCUUGGUGUUGGGUCUGGUGCCCUUGUCCCGGGGGUCAUCUCCUGGGAUCUGGCUUGUGAAAAGACGCGGUUUCCGUACGGGCUGCGGCAGAGCGGGACGAGUCCCUCGCGCUGGCUGCAGUCGGGGUCGCUGCUUGGAGGUUUUAUGACGGAUAUGCACAUCACGCCACCCAUGCAUAAGGAAGAUACAGCCUGGCUGCACUUUGAACUGAACUGA